AUGACAGAAAACGGUGCAGGAGUAUCGCAAGUUUUGUCAGCUGCUGAACGACGUGAGUUAAGAAGGAAACGAAUUUUGGAGAAAUCUCAGGAUCGUAUAGACCUUAUUCUAAAUGGUCCGACAGGAACAGAAAAACGUAAUGCACCUGUCGUAGAAGGCGGACGGUUUUUCACUACCGUGGGUUCACAGCAUAGUGAUAUCCCAAAUGGUACUGAGACUGGGCCAGCAAAGGGAGAGUUUGAAAAACAUUUUGAAACUGUACAAUUGAGUGAUCGCAAAGUUUUGGAUAAGGCUGACAGCUGGGCUUUUUACCGCAUUUUCUUGCGUCUUUUAGUAGCAUUUUCGCUACUCAGAAAUGUUGCUAUUCCGUGGUUUGUAUUUGCUUUAUCGAUGGAACUUUUUACGCUGUCGAAAGAUGAGCAGGUGACACCUCAGUUACUCUUCUUCAACAUCUUCUCACAGUUUGGCCUUUCUCAAAGUUUUUUGGAUAAAACAAGCUCUUUUUAUCGGGUAUCCUCUAAUGUCAUGUCUCGUUCGUUGUUGGCCGCGUUUGGCUUUCUUUCGACAAACCUCAUAAUUUAUUGUAUGAAGCACGUCUUGGACCUUAUUAAUUUAUAA